AUAAUACAUACAACUCCACCGUAAAAAGUACAUAAAGAACCCCGCAAUUCUCUGCUCCCGAUACAACAACCAAGCAAAUAUCAGAGAUAGAUAGACCUUCCACUCUGGAUCUCAAGCCUGCAUGAGUCAAUUGAGCCAGCCGACUCCGGAGGCACUGAUACACAAGAUUUGCCUUCAUUUUGCGAAGGCUUUCCGAAAUUAGCAAGUCGAUUGUCGUCUUCUUCCGACUUGUAGUAUCCACUUGGUGCAGGCCAAGAAGCUAUCCUGAGGACCUUGGCCCCCGGAGCACCUAAUUAGGGUUAUAUAUUUAAGUCAUUCAGUCCUCUGACGGACGGCUUUUGAUUCUCCAAGGCCACAGGGGCAUUAUGGCUAGGAUCACUUGCAGUUUCAGCUGUCAGCGUUUUCGGAGCCAAGCGGCUCUUUUGCUUUCUAGCUUUGUUUUCGCCAGUGCAGCUUCAAUUAUCAACAAUGGGAACUUGGUCACGUUGGACGAUAUCAACUAUUACGCGGGUGGGCCUUCUGUAUCGAGAAUUGUUUCUGUCGGGUCCAAUUCAAACCACUCCACUGCAGACAUUCUUCCGAUCACAAUCAUUCGGACAGAGGAAACAGUGCUCACAGGCAACAUUCUGCGAGAUGUGAUUUCAAACUAUUCGUCCUCGGACGAUGUUUUCCAGCCUGGAUUUCUUAACACAAUCUUCCUAGCUUACGACGGGGAUUGUCAAGGCAAGAUUGACUUGUCCAUUCUCCAAGCCUUGCAGGGAAAGGGCAAUGAAGUGAUUCUGGCUUCGCCUGCAUAUCAAUCCCAAGAGCCUGUUAAAGCAGCCAAGCUGCACCGUGAUAUUCCCAAGGGUCCAUACUUCUUUUCGCCCUCCACGGGUGAAAUAUAUCAAGCAUUCCGUCUCUAUUCUGACCAUCAGCUCGCUUUCACUGAGGCAGCUAUCAGUGAUGGGAAGGAUGGGUACAAGCCUCUACCGGCCGUGACAGAGGGAGCCAUGACAAAGAGCGUUGCUGUGCCAUCCCGGCUGUACUAUACACCCACCUCAGAAAAGCCACUUUUGGGGUUGCGACUAGGCGUCAAAGAUAUCUUUGAUUUAAAGGGCUUGCGAACCAGUGGUGGCAACAGAGCUUUCCACGACCUCUAUCCACCACGAAACGCCACUGCCCCAGCAGUACAGCGUUUGAGAGAUGCAGGUGCUAUCAUUGUGGGCAAAAUGGGUACCGUGCAAUUUGCCAACGGCGACAACCCAACCGCUGAUUGGGUUGACUUCCACUGCCCAUUCAAUCCGAGAGGAGAUGGCUACCAAGCUCCCGGUGGCUCCUCAUCGGGACCAGGCGCUGGAAUAGCUGCCUACGAGUGGCUGGAUAUUGCCGUGGGAAGCGAUACUGGCGGCUCCAUGCGCCACCCCGGUGGAAUGCAGGGCGUCUAUGCAAACAGACCCUCUACUGGAGCGGUUUCUCUUGAUGAUGUCCUUCCGCUUUGCCAUACGCUUGACACAGCAGGUGUUUUUGCGCGUGAUGCUGUGACAUGGUCAAAGGUUAUGCAUGCAUGGUACCUCAAUUUUACAGACUACAGACAAUACCCAAAACGGAUUUUCUAUCCCACGUCCUCGUUUCCAGAUGCCAGCACCAAGGCUGGGUCCCUCCUUGAGAACCUUGUAGUCAAUCUGGAGGAAUUUCUCGGUACCAAGCGGGAAUCUGUCGACAUCUCCUCCCAUUGGAAGAAGACGCAUCCUUCAAAAGCCCCGGCAAAUAUAACGGAAUUAUUAAACACAACAUAUGCCGUUCUUACAUCCGUUGAUCAGUACCGCUCUCUCGCAUUGCCAUUCUACGCAGACUAUGCAGAGAAACACGACGGUCGCCGACCAUUUAUAAACCCCGGACCUCUAGUACGAUGGGCCUGGGGCCAACAGAAUGGAGGAAAUGCAGCCUACGAGGUAGCCCUAAGCAACAAAACCAUCUUCGAGCAUUGGUGGGAAUCAGAAGGUUUCGGGAAGAAAGACAAGCACGCCUGCACCGAGGGAAUCUACAUCUAUCCCUACACCAAAGGAGAGACUCAAUAUCGAAACGUCUACUAUGACGCCCCAACUGAUCCCCCGAUGGGCUUUACGGAUGGUCGUAUCUCCAUCAUGGCUAGGGUUCCUGACCUGGUGGUUCCCGUUGGAGAGAUUCCUUACAACUCUACUGUCUCGCUCAAGACAGAGUAUAUGCCAGUGACUAUGAGCUUUGUUGCAGCCAGGGAAUGUGACUUGAUGCUGGUGAGCUUGAUAGAGGAUUUGGAGAAGGCGGGUAUUUUGAAGCCUGUCAGUACAGGUCCGAUGAUGUAUCCCGCUUAGCUUUGAGCAGUUAAGAAGUCAUUUGCAUCGGUCAUCAGAAAUAAAUAUAUAUUUCCUGGG